AUGCCGCCGCGUCCGAAGCGUCCACGCGAGGAGGAGCGAAGAAGCCACGCACGCGAGAGCGAUGACGAUGGGGGUGGGGAGGACGAGGAGGAGCUCGGCGAGGACCUCUUUGGGGAUAACUACGAGCGGGACUACCUUGACCCGGAGGAUGAGAGCGAGCUCGCGGAGGACGACGUCGCCGACGACGGCGACUGGAUCGAUGACGCCAGUGACGUGUCUGUCAUCUCAGAAUCGGGUCGCCUGGCCGUGGAUGCACUGCUGGACAGGCGGAGGGAGAUGGAGCAGCGGCUCCGCGAGGAGCAGCGGGAGCUGGAAAAGGGUGUGUUUAGCGACGUUGAUGACGAGGAGUCGCUCAUCAGCGCGGGGAGUGACUCCUACGAUGCCGCAGCGCUUGCUGAGGACGCUGGGGGGGAUGAAGCGGGGCGAGGUGGGGGCGACUUCAACAAUGUGGGGGAUGGAGGCACGGACAACGCCGGGGACAGCAAGGAUGAUGGCGUGUACGUCCGUGGUGACAUGGAGGCCAUGGACUUUGAUUGGCGGCAACCGCAGUGCGACUUGGUGGAGUGGCUCGCACAGGAGCUUCCACGGCGGGUCGUUAAAAAUCGCAUCUACAACUUCUACCUGAACUACGUGGAGCAUGGUGUGAGCGUGUAUGAGCAAAAGGUGAAUUUAAUGACGCGGGAAAAUGAACAGAGUUUUCAGUUGAGUUACAGCCACUUGGGCCGCGCCUACGACUCGGUGCUAGCGCUGUGGUUGGUGGACGUCCCCGAUCUCAUGAUUGAGUUGCUAGAGGAUGCCGCAAACUACUUUGUCUUUCGUCUUUUUCCACACUACCGGAAGGUGCACCGGCGCAUUUUUGUCCGCAUUUGUGACUUGCCGUUGUGUGACCCUAUUCGUGACUUUCGUCAAAUUCACAUGAAUGUCUUGGUGCGCGUGGAGGGGGUUGUGAUUCGACGCUCCCCCGUUUACCCCCAGAUGCAGGCGGUUAGGUAUGACUGUGUGCGCUGCAGUUACAUCAUUGGACCCAUUUACCAACGGGGUGACAAGGAGCAGCGGGUGAGCAUGUGCCCCAGCUGCCAUAGUAAAGGCCCGUUCCGAGUCAACAUGAUCCUCACUGAGUACCGCAACCACCAAACGGUGCUGCUGCAGGAAUCUCCGGGAAAGGUGCCACCCGGUCGUCUCCCACGAAGCCUGGAGGUGAUACUGACAAACGACCUCAUCGACCGCGCCAAUCCGGGGGAGGAAGUGGAUGUCACGGGCAUUUACAGGAAUAAUUUUGACCCACUUUUGAACAGUCGUCAAGGGUUUCCCGUGUUCACCACCGUAUUACAUGCCAACAACGUGGUGCGUCGCAGCGCGGAGGUCGGGAGUUUUAGGCUUCCCGACGACGAACGGGCCCGCAUCGUGGAGUUGGCCAAGCACCCAAAUCUAAAGCGUAAGAUGCUCCGCUCCAUUGCCCCAAGUAUUCACGGUCGGGACGACAUUAAGCUUGGGUUGCUCCUUGCCAUGCUCGGUGGGGUGCCGAAGGACGUGGGUGGGGACCAGUCCCACCGUAUUCGUGGCGACAUCAAUGUGCUACUCGUUGGGGAUCCGGGGUGUGCGAAGUCCCAGUUUUUGAAGUUUGUGGAGAAGACGGCAAAUCGUGCGGUGUUCACAACGGGGCGGGGUUCGACGGCGGUGGGGCUGACGGCCUCCGUCCACAAGGACAGCGUGACCGGGGACUUCGUGCUGGAGGGCGGGGCGCUGGUCAUCGCUGACCGCGGCAUUUGCCUGAUCGACGAGUUCGACAAGAUGUCUGACCAGGACCGCACCUCCAUUCACGAGGCGAUGGAGCAGCAGACGAUAUCCGUCGCCCGCGGCGGCAUCGUGACAACCCUCUCAGCGCGCUGCUGCAUUGCGGCGGCGGCCAACCCCAUCGGCGGGCGCUACGAUCCCUCGCUCUCCUUCGACGCAAACGUCAACCUCACCACCCCCAUUCUCUCCCGCUUUGACCUGCUGUUCGUUGUCCGCGACGAGGUGAACGUGGAGCUGGACGAGAAGCUGGCGACGUUUAUCUGCCACUCCCACAUCCGCAACCACCCACGCUCCCAGGAGGAGAGCAAACGCACCGAGCGAGAGCUGCACCAGCAGCUCGCCAAACUUCGUUACGCUCUGGAGAAUGCCGCGACGGGGGAGGAGCGCCGCGCCGCCGAGGAGCGGCUGCAGGAAUUGCGCCAUGCCCUUCAGGAGAAGCCGUUGGAGGAGGAUGAGGACCCGUCCAGCAGCAAGCCGUUGCCCCAGCCACUGCUGCGUAAGUACAUCCUCUACGCCAAGGCACACUGUCACCCGCGUGUGUCAAACAUUGACGCAAACACCAUCGCACGGCUUUACACGGAGCUUCGACAGGAGUCGAAGCACGGCGGUGUGGCAAUCACAGUUCGUCACAUGGAAUCUGUCAUUCGUCUUGCGGAGGCGCAUGCGCGUCUGUACCUUCGCGAUUUUGUCCGUGACGAAGACGUUAACGCCGCUAUCUCUCUCUUUCUGCGUUGUUUUAUACAGACGCAGAAGUACAGUCUGCGCAGCGCGAUGGAAAAUCGCUUUCGAAAGUACUCUGACUCAGAGAUGGAGCCGCUGCCACUCAUCCAGCACCACAUUAAGGUGGCGGUGCACUCCAUCCGCGCCUUUGAACGACAAAUUUCCGGCGGAGUGGAGCCAACCAAAGUGCGCAUCGACGUCGCUCAGCUGGAGCACUGCACGGCGAACAUAUCGAGAGAAGCGCUUAAUGCCUUUUUUGAAUCUGAGGUGUUCAAGAAGGACUACACGUUAAUUCGCGACCCCGCAACGGGGGCGGCGCUGCAAAUAGAACACUCUUUGUUAUAA